AGAGCCGGGCUGCCUGCCACCCGGCUGCUCGUCCGCUAGCUGGGGAGGAGCGCUCCACCCGCAACUGACAAAGGAUGGGAGAAUGCCCGCGCCCCGGGAUGCCGGCCGCGCGCAGCCUGGCGGCCGCCUGAGCUACUUCACCCUCCGCCGGAAAUGUACCCCAAAAGAACUCUGAGAGAAUAUACUCAACUGUCCUGCUGUGAUUAAACAAGACUGCUGUAUUUUACCUGAGCUUGGCAAAGCAAGGAUAUGAACAAUUGUGCAGGUGGGCUACUCAGGGCGAGUGAAGAGAUAAGGCAUCCAAUCAGGGAUUGGCCACCUGCAGCCCUGCCAAUAUGCCCCUCCACCAGAUUUCCGUAAUCCCAGCACGGGAGACUGCCAGCAAUGGGAGAAAUUCAAUGGGCAGAAACAAAGAGAAGAACAAGGAAGUCGAGAAUUUCAGAAAUUGAAAAGGGAUAAGAGGAAGGAGAAAAUGCUGGGCUGGUGUGAAGCGAUAGCCCGUAACCCUCACAGAAUUCCAAACAACACGCGAACACCCGAGAUCUCAGGGGAUUUGGCUGACGCCUCUCAAACCUCCACAUUGAAUGAAAAAUCCCCAGGGCGAUCUGCAAGUCGAUCAAGUAACAUUUCAAAAGCAAGCAGCCCAACAACAGGGACAGCUCCCAGAAGCCAGUCAAGGUUGUCUGUCUGUCCAUCCACUCAAGACAUCUGCAGAUCUGCCAUCUUGCAUGACAUGUCAGAAGAGUCAUUUGAGUAUUGCACCCCUGUCAUGGUGCUGAGCCCUGCUAGGAAGGAGUCUGGUAAGAAAUCAGUAAAACAAAGACCUAGGAGGAGGAGAAAGGCCUCUGAGAGAUAUGAGCAUGCUGCAGAAGAACAAAUAAGAGGGAGAAAAAAUGACUUUCACCUUCAAAUCUCAAGCCCCAGGUGGAGGGAGCUUUACACAGAUUCUUCAGAUUCAUCUUCCACAGAUGAGAGUCAUUGGAUUCAGGCAAAAAGAAGAGCCCAGGUUAAAUUCAGAUUGUCAAGAAGAAGGAGGAGAAAUAAUAAUAAGCUGUGUGAAAACUUAGCUGGGUCUAACGGAAUUGAGCUCGUUAAUCUGGGAUCCAAAGGUAAAGAGCAACAAGAGCUGAUUGAAUGUGAGAGUUGCUCUUUAAAUCUCCACAGAGGAAAACGUACAAGGUACCAAGAAUGCAACACUUCUCUGACUCAAGGAUCCUCUCAAAUUAAGAGAUCCUCAAGGAAUCAUGAGAAGAGCAAAGGUGGAUAUCACCACAGAGAUCCUCAGCUCUUGCAAAGUCUUAGGAAAAAUGAAAUAAUAAAGAAGAAAUUUUCAGAAACAGAUUCCAGCACUGAAAUACUGGGAGUUCCAGAAGGCAGCAAGGACAUGAAUGAUGCAGGGCUCCAGGUGAAUAACCCUGUUCAGAAGCCUCCUGCCACCUAUGACGAUGGGUCUGAUAAUUUAGAAGUAUGCAGAAUCUGUCACUGCGAAGGGGAUGAAGAGAGCCCCCUCAUCACACCCUGUCGCUGCACUGGGACACUGCGCUUUGUCCACCAGUCCUGCCUCCACCAGUGGAUAAAGAGCUCAGAUACACGCUGCUGUGAGCUCUGCAAGUAUGACUUCAUAAUGGAGACCAAGCUCAAACCCCUCCGGAAGUGGGAGAAACUACAGAUGACCACAAGUGAAAGGAGGAAAAUAUUCUGCUCUGUCACAUUCCACGUAAUCGCGAUCACCUGUGUGGUUUGGUCUUUGUAUGUACUGAUAGACCGGACAGCGGAGGAAAUCAAGCAAGGCAAUGACAAUGGUGUCCUUGAAUGGCCAUUUUGGACAAAACUGGUUGUGGUAGCCAUUGGCUUCACAGGAGGUCUUGUCUUCAUGUACGUACAGUGUAAAGUCUACGUUCAGUUGUGGCGCAGGCUGAAGGCCUACAACCGUGUGAUCUUUGUACAAAAUUGCCCAGACACUGCCAAAAAACUGGAGAAGAACUUCUCAUGCAAUGUAAACACAGACAUCAAAGAUGCUGUGGUAGUGCCUGUACCACAAACAGGUACAAAUUCACUGCCAUCUGCAGAGGGUGGCCCCCCUGAAGUUGUAUCAGUUUGAUGGAACCUGUUGGGAGUUUCUUCACUGAAGAGUAUCUUUCUAGCCCUCAGCCACUACAAAUGACAGAAGUGAUCUUGAAUUAUUUACUCCCUUCAGCUCCUCCUUUCUCCUACUGACACAUUUUUCCUGACUUUGUUCAAAGAGGAAAGGAGAAAAACACACCAAAUGCCCAGGAGCCCAUGAAGUAAGAGCGUAAAGUAUGAUAUGGAAAUGUGAAGUCUAUAAGGGAAAGAAAGAUUUCUAAGACAAUUAAGAGCUACUGGGGCAAUGAAUGCUUUUAGGCAGUAAUCAAAGAUUAAAUGGACCCAUGAUACUCUUCACAGUAACAGGGGAAAAGUUCAAGAAUACAGACUUGAAUUGCAGUGUGUAUUACUUCUAGGGCCUUGUAAUGUUAACUGUCUCAUCUGGAAAUAACUAACAAACAUAUUUGGUUUUAAGCCUGAAAUUGUCUGCAUUAUCCCUAAGUCACAUUGGAACUGAACUUGGAGGAUGCAUAUUUUGAUAUGCU